GGGCGGGACUGGGGAUAGGAUGGCGGCGGCCAUGGUGAGCUCGGCGGAGCGAGCGGUGCUGGAAGAAGAGUUUAAAUGGCUGUUACAAGAGGAGGUCCAUGCUGUUUUGAAACAGCUGCAGGAUAUUUUGAAGGAGGCCUCCCACAGGUUUGCCCUGCCCGUGGGGGGCUCGGAAGGAGCAGCCAAACAGGAGAGCUUCGUGCUGAGCGUGGCGGGCAUGGACCAGGUAAAAGGUGUGUUAACACUGCAAGGAGAUGCCUUGUGUCAGGCUGACCUUAAUUUGAAAAUGCCCAGAAGUAAUCAGCUGCUGCAUUUUGCAUUCCGGGAAGACAAGCAGUGGAAAUUGCAGCAGAUCCAGGAUGCUAGAAACCAUGUUAACCAAGCAAUUUACCUGCUUAUGAACAGAGAUGUAAACUACCACUUCAAGACAGGCUCAGAGGUUCUUAAGCUUAUGGAUGCUGUGAUGUUACAGCUCUCAAGAGCACGGAAUCGACUCACCACUCCAGCCACUCUGACUCUGCCAGAAAUUGCCUCCAGUGGUCUCACGAAAAUGUUCAGCCCUGCUCUGCCUCCAGACAUCCUUGUGAAUUUCUAUAUAAACCUGAAUAAGCUGUGCCUGACUCUCUACCAACUCCAUGUGCUACAGCCCAGCACGACCAAGAACUUCAAGCCUGCUGGAGGAUCCAUUCUGCACAACCCUGGAGCCAUGUUUGAGUUUGGCAACCAGCGAUAUGAAGUCAGCCAUGUCCAUAAAAUGGAGUGCGUUGUCCCAUGGUUAAAUGAUGCCCUUGUCUUCUUCACAGUUUCACUGCAGCUUUGCCAGCAACUGAAGGACAAGAUCUCUGUUUUCUCCAGUUACUGGAACUACAAGCCACAUUAAUUCCCUGUGGACUGUCCAAACCCUUAAAGCACUUCCAGUGUCUCCCCGUUUGUUUUCUGUGUGCCAGUUGAGUUCAGGUCAGCCUGUGAAGAGUGCUGUGAUUUGCUUACCUCGUGGUCCUCUUCAGGGUAGGGUCAAUGGAUCUGGAGAUACACAUCUGGUAGCACUGUCUGGGAGUAAUGCAUGAGCAGGGCACCAAGCAAUGCCGUGUGGUUAGUGGGAGCUUCCACCUAUCUUCUUUCUCAUGUGGGUUGUGUGGUUUAUGCUUCACAAACCUCUGAUAAUGAAACAGUAGUCCCUUACAAGGGAUGGGGAGCUGUGGACCUUCAGUAACAGUAUUUGCACGUAGUGCUAUCACUAACUGCUGGACUAUGAGCUGGUUGGGAAGGGGUGAAGUUAGACUCCUUUAACACACCACAAAAAGCGUAGGGCAUGUUGGUCUCCAGCUGCAGUUAUGACUAGCUCAGAGCUUUUCUCUCCGAUCUGUUCUAGCCAUACCCGUGUUACUGAUUCCCCUUUGGGGAUAUUCUUACUUGCUACUAUUUGAGCUUUUUUCCUUGGCAUCAAUGUGAUCAUCUGUGUUAUUUAUUUUUCCUAAACCCUAGUCCAGCCACUUGGUUUUUUUCCAGGUGUGGUAUUUCAUUUUCAUUGCCAGCCUUUGGAGCUGCCUUGGUACCUUGAGCUCAGCUGUGCAGUCUCACAUCCUGUCAUUAAACUCAAAGUGAGUACCAUGUUGUUGCUAUGAUUUGCUGCCUAUUUAUGAAUGCUACAGUAUGUAACUCAGCCCUCUAACCAUUGAUAACUGUGAAAUAAAGAUCUUCAGACAUACCGUG